CAGCCGAUGGCGAGACCAUUCUAAAAGGACUCCAGUCCAUUUUCCAGGAGCAGGGGAUGGCAGAGUCCGUACACACCUGGCAGGACCAUGGCUACUUAGCAACCUACACCAACAAGAAUGGCAGCUUCGCCAAUUUGAGAAUUUACCCACACGGAUUGGUGUUGCUGGACCUUCAGAGUUACGACAGUGAUGUGCAGGGCAAAGAAGAAAUCGACAGCCUUUUGAACAAAGUAGAAGAAAGAAUGAAAGAAUUGAAUCAGGACAAUACUGGGCGGGUAAAAAGAUUACCACCCAUCGUUCGAGGAGGGGCCAUUGACAGAUACUGGCCCAUCGCCGAUGGGCGCCUGGUCGAGUAUGACAUAGAUGAAGUGGUAUAUGAUGAAGAUUCACCUUAUCAGAACAUUAAAAUUUUACACUCGAAGCAAUUUGGAAAUAUUCUCAUUCUGAGUGGGGAUGUUAAUUUGGCAGUGGCAUAUACCCGGGCCAUCAUGGGCAGCGGCAAAGAAGAUUACACUGGCAAGGAUGUACUGAUUCUGGGAGGUGGAGACGGCGGCAUAUUAUGUGAAAUAGUCAAAUUGAAACCAAAGAUGGUCACUAUGGUAGAGAUUGACCAAAUGGUGAUUGAUGGAUGUAAGAAAUACAUGCGAAAAACGUGUGGUGACGUCUUAGACAAUCUUAAGGGAGACUGCUAUCAGGUUCUUAUUGAAGACUGUAUUCCAGUACUGAAGAGGUACGCCAAAGAAGGGAGAGAGUUUGAUUAUGUGAUUAAUGAUUUGACAGCUGUUCCAAUCUCCACCUCUCCAGAAGAAGAUUCCACAUGGGAGUUUCUCAGACUGAUUCUUGACCUCUCAAUGAAAGUGUUGAAACAGGAUGGGAAAUAUUUCACACAGGGGAACUGUGUCAACUUGACGGAAGCCCUGUCGCUCUAUGAAGAACAGCUCGGGCGCCUGUAUUGUCCUGUGGAAUUCUCGAAGGAGAUCGUCUGUGUCCCUUCAUACUUGGAAUUGUGGGUAUUUUACACUGUUUGGAAGAAAGCUAAGCCUUGAAGAUGAAAUUCCCCCAUCACGUGUGCUGCCCUUCCUGACCUCCGUACGCUGUAAACCACAUCCACAUGAGUCAGGCAAUUGAUUGUGAAUUCCUUACAGUUUUCCUUUUUUAAUUAUUAUUUUUAAUUUAAAAAACACAAAUGGAAAAUGUAUAUUUUGAUGAGCUAGGGUGUUAUUUUUUUGAAAGUCAGCUGAAGGACGAUUAGACAGCACAGCAAAGACUGCUAAAUGCACUGACCCCCUAGAAUGUGAUUUUUGUUACUUUUUAUUUCUCUGUGGGCUUGUUCUGUUUUGAUUUUGGUAGGCCUUCAAUUUGGAUAUUUGGAGGAAUGAACAUCAUUGUUCUGUUCUGGAGGGAAGUUCUUGAUGGUGUUUCUUUCCCCAAAAUUGACUUAGAUGUUAAAAUUUGGUGCUUAUAAGAAAGAGUUAAAAAAAAUGAAUAGCAAUGCUUCAAUUAAAAUUAUAAAAGUCA